AAAAAACUAUGAAUGAAGAACAGGAACAGCAGGAGGAUACACCAGUCAGACCUACAAGACAGAAAUACAGUAGUGCUGCUGGUGUAAAUGAUGUUUCUGUUGACCUUAAAGAGACCGCUGGUGUAACAGAAGAUUCCAGUCUCCGCCAACAGGGCGUGAACGUCCAUGAAGCAAGUUCUGGUAUCAAAGAGAGACAUGCUAGCGUAGAGCGAACAACCAACGAAGAAAACGCUUCCCCUUGUGUUGAUUACGACAAAACAGAAGAGAAAUUGAGAGGCCAACUUAGACAACACUUCAGUCAUACCAUAGCACGUUGUUGGAGGAACAAAAAUGUUGUUAAGAAAAUCCCGUUCAAGAUGCUACUACUCCUGUUUAAUUUGAUAUUUGUCACUCUUCAGCUCGUGAUAUUCGCCAACGAACGCUCCCAAUUCGCUACUUUCCUUAACCGAAACGAAAUUGCCUUGAGACAUCUACUCCUGAAGGACUGGUCCAAGGAUUACGAGACCAUGCCAUACCCGCCUACAACUGGCACAUAUGCAGUCUACACCAUUGAUGAACUUAAGGAACAUGUUCACCAUGUUGUGCAGGGGAUACACUCUUUACCUGUUACGGCAGUUGGAUCGUUUUUUCUAAAUAAUAACAACGUUACCAGUCCGCUAGUUAUGUGUGUAACCUAUUUCAAAUAUGGCAUCUUCAACAGAACAACUCGACCUUCGGUCAUAUCAAUCGAUCGUACUCGGGAAACACAGUGUAAAGAUAUCGACAAUACCACAGACUAUGGCCUUGACCCCAGCCUCGACGACCUGAUAAAGAGUGAAAAUGGUGUUCUGGUAAGACUUCUUGAGCUGACGUUGGACUUCAGCGUAUCAUCAGUUCACGUAGACAUGAGACGGGAGGAAAAGCUUCCGGAGUGUUUUGAAAUCAUCGGCAGGGUGUCAUUCGAUAACUACGACAUCCAUGGGCAGAUUCCAGUUACCUUGACGACGUCCAUCAAAGGUUUUGAGUGUGAAGGAGAUUUUAUGAGCGAAACAGGCGCCGUGGAUAUCCCAUUGCUCAUUGUGGUAUUCGCACUGAAUAUUUGCAGCAUCAUAGGGAGUGUCCGUUCCUUUGUAACAUCUGUAAUACUGUGGCUAGAGGUGAAACACUUUUUUCUGCACAAAUAUAAAGACCAUAAGCCAUUGUCGAGAAGAGGAAGUUGGGAAAUCCUACGAUUCCGUGACGUCAUGAUUACUGUCAGUGGUCUUUUGACCAUCAUUGGUUCGUGCAUCAAAAUACGUUUUGACGUCGGGCAUAUUUCCACGUCGGAUGGAUUGGAUGCCUGUGGAAUAAUGCUGGGUCUGGGAUGUAUGCUGCUGUGGAUGUUAUCGCUCCACUACCUGGCCUUCAACAAGGUGUUCAGUUUGUUGUUCCUGGUGUUGGACAGAUCCGCUUCUUCUGUAGGGAGAUUCCUGGUCUGUAUUUUCGUAAUGUACAUAGGAUUUGCCUUGUGUGGAUGGGCAGUGCUUGGUCCUCACCAUAUCAAGUUUUUAUCCUUCACAGCAACAUUCCAGAAUCUCCUCGCGCUGAUGAACGGUGACGAAGUGUAUGUGACCAUGACUGCGGUUAACGAAGCUAGCCAAAUCGCCUACUGGUUCAAUUUAGUGUUCAUCACUCUCUUCAUUUUUCUUUUCACCAUUAUUACACUGAAUGUAUUCAUCGCAAUAUAUAACACGGCGUACGAGGAUAUAAAGGAGAACAAACACAAGAGUGAUCUGAUGGAAUUUAUCGGAGGCAGCUCUGAAGCACAAAUUUACUCUCUCGACUGUGACGGGUGUGUCCAAGGAAAAUGUAAUGGUUGCCAUACCAACGUUUUGUGUUGCAAGUAAUACGUAUGACUUUCUGUCAGAAAUACUCGAAAGGCGGCCUGGUGGCGGCGGCU